UUCUCCUCACCCAUACAUAUGCAUGUUCUACAAUAGAACCUCUUAAAUCUCUUGGGUUAACCUGCAUUUAAUGUUCGCACUAUAAAUAUUACCACCAUCACUACUAUAACUCCAACACUUUCCAACACCACCCCUUCCUAUCUUGUAUCGUUUGGCUCCUGUCUCUUAAUAUGUCGAUCUCGUAUUGUUUUCUUGUUUUCCUUCUGUGCCUUUCUUUGCAUGCAUGCAAUGCUCGGCGUCUUGGUGACACUCUUGAAAAGAAACUUCACACUACUAAUAAGAAUGAUGAGAAGAAGGGUCUGGACACUGUACCAGUUGUACCGAAGGCAGAUUCAUUGUUGACAACAAGAGGAGACAGAAUCGAAGACCAUGGUUCGGGUGAGAAAAGUCAGAAGUCCAAAGACACAAGAGAUGCCGAGUCGAAGAUAUCAAAUGAUGGAACAGGAAAAACAUCAGGUGCUGCUAAAACUGAGUCUCUAGGUUCCGUUUCUUGGCGUGUGCCUCACGGUAAACGUCCCGAAAAAAACCCUGGUUUUAACUCGGACUACUCACCUCCAAAGACACAUCCUCCUUCUCAUAAUUAA